AUGGAGGAGAAGAAGACUGCACCACGUCAUGAAUCUGCAGUGCCUUCGGCUUGUAAUCGUCGCAUGGCGAUCCAAGACAUCAAUAGGGCGCAAGAGUUGCUGAGCCAACUACAUGCUGUUCUUCUACAGUUGCAUCCUUCCAAUGGAGGGGAUAUGCUUGAGGAGAUACGAAAGUUCACCUCCUCGGCGCUCUCAAGGCUUCAGUCCUGUGUCUGUGGAUCGUCCGAUGCCUCUGAGGACUCCCAAAGAGACAUAUAUGUCAACGAUACGAGGAAGAGUUUGAAGAGAAGCUGGAGCAAGCCAGAAACGUGGUCGAUAGCUACAACUUCCCCCUUUGACGACGGCCAUCAGUGGAGGAAGUACGGGCACAAAACUAUCAAGAACGCCAAGUAUCCAAAGAACUACUACAGGUGCGUUUUCAGGGACAAGCAAGGAUGUUUAGCAAAGAAGACGGUACAACAAGAGGAUAGCUAUGGCGAUCCUCCCAGGUUCAGCGUCGAGUACAGAGCGCCACAUACCUGCAAAACCAUCAAUGUCGCCUUCCCUUCUGUAAUGGAAUCUGCUCCAAAGAAACCCUCUGUUCAUGCCAGUGGUUCCAGAUGCACCUUGAAGCUUCAGGAGAAUCACCUUUCUCCCUUAGCCCACGCUGCAAUCGAGGCUCAGGAUGAAGGCUUGUGGAUCAGCGAUCAAGCACAAGACUGUGAGCUGCUCGGGUCGGAUAUGGUGGCCACAGAACCCUGGGACUUGGACAUGUUCCUGGAAGAUGAUGAUGGGUGGUACAAUAUUAAGGAUCCUUAA